CUGAACGGACGAUGGACUUGGUGGACUACAUGGACUUUGUCACUGAUGUGAACCUGAUGGAGUUUCCUCACAAAGGUGAUGCCAGGACGCCCGGUCUGGUCCGAGUGCGACCACCCACCGUGGUGAGUCCGUCCCAGUGCUGCACCCGCAGUCGUCAGUCCAAGAGCAAGCGGCGCCGAGUCAUCAACAUGGUCCAGAGACAAGCGGCCAACGUCCGGGAGCGGAAAAGGAUGUUCAGUCUGAAUGAGGCAUUCGAUGAGCUGCGAAGGAAGGUGCCUACAUUUGCCUACGAGAAGAGACUGUCACGGAUUGAGACUCUCAGACUGGCCAUCAUCUACAUCUCCUUCAUGAGGGACCUGCUGGAGACCACUUGAGCUUCUUCCCGCCAGGCUCUUCAUCAAAUGAGUAAAAGAUCUGUGACAGAGCUGCUAAACUGGUGACGGAUUCAACACUUGUUUCCAUCCAUCUA